AUGGUGGAAGCUCAAUCAUGGACGACGCGGCGGAUGAGCAACCCGAGAUUCGACGCCGCCGCAACCGGCGCACCAACAAUCGUCGACAUCCCCGGAACACCUCCACACUCCUCCACAUCAUCCACCGGAAAACCCUUCUUCCUCUCCUCACCCACCGUAUCUCCGGCCGUUCUCACGGCGGCUAUAAUCGCCGCCUGGUUCGGCUCAAACAUAGGAGUCCUCCUCCUAAACAAAUACCUCCUCUUCUACUACGGUUUCCGCUACCCAAUCUUCCUCACAAUGACGCACAUGCUCUCCUGCGCCGCCUACAGCUCCGCCGCGAUCAACAUCGCCGGCAUCGUUCCACGUCAGCACAUCCUCUCGCGCCGUCAGUUUCUCAAGAUCUUUUCUCUCUCGGCGAUCUUCUGCCUCUCCGUCGUGUGCGGCAACACUUCGCUCCGUUACAUCCCUGUCUCUUUCAAUCAGGCCAUCGGAGCCACCACGCCUUUCUUCACCGCCAUCUUCUCUUUCCUCAUCACCUGUAAAACUGAGUCCACUGAAGUUUACUUAGCUCUCCUCCCCGUCGUCUCCGGCAUCGUCCUCGCUUCUAACUCCGAACCUUCUUUUCAUCUCUUCGGUUUCCUCAUCUGCGUCGCUUCCACCGCCGGCAGAGCUCUCAAAUCCGUCGUCCAGGGGAUUAUUCUGUCGUCGGAGUCGGAGAAGCUACAUUCGAUGAAUCUUCUGCUCUACAUGGCGCCAAUGGCGGCUUGUAUCUUAUUACCAUUUUCACUCUACAUUGAAGGAAAUGUAUUAAGAAUCCUAAUCGAAAAGGCGAGGACGGAUCCGUUGAUCAUCUUCUUGCUCGCCGGGAAUGCGACAGUGGCGUAUUUAGUGAAUUUGACGAAUUUCUUGGUGACGAAGCACACGAGUGCUCUCACUCUACAGGUUUUGGGGAACGGGAAAGCCGCGGUGGCAGCCGGAGUGUCGGUUCUGAUAUUUAGGAAUCCGGUGACGGUGAUGGGAGUUGCCGGAUUCGGAGUCACGAUUAUGGGAGUGGUUCUCUACAGCGAAGCUAGGAAGAGAUCCAAAUUGCUUAACCAGAAGUGA